AUGGAUGGUGAUUUCAUUAUGAAUUCUCAUUUGCUACCAUUGUCUUUCGAUGAUGACAACGUCGAUCAAAAGUCUGAUUCAGACAGCAUAUCAGUUGAUUCUGAUAUCGAAGUUAAUGAUACAAAUUAUAUCAAUGAUGAUUUUAUUCGACUCAAUCUCGAACAUGACAAUAAUUCUAGUGAAGAUGAAAUUGAAAGUUCAAUUACUACGACAAAUAAUAUUAUAAUACCAAUCACCGACGUUCAAUCAUUUUCUACCAAUAUUAACAACAUCAAUCCUUCUAUUCAAGUUUCAUCUUCUUCAAAUAAAGAUGCUACAACUAUCUCAGUGCAUCAAAAACGACGACAAUGGAAUGCACAAGAGAAAUUAAAAAUUAUUUCUGAAUUGAAUAAAGGUGUGUCACUUCACGCACUUGAAUUACGAUACAAAUGUACACGAAAGAUGAUUCGUGAUUGGAAAAAUAACGAAAAUAAAUUGAUUAAAUUAGUAAAAGAUCAAGGUGGAAAAGGAAAAAAACGUAAACGUUUGGAUGGAGGUGGUGCUAAGUUAAGUUAUGCUAAUUUGGAUGAUCGUCUGAUCAGAUGGUAUAGAUCGAAACGUGGAUUGAAUCAAGCUGAUGUAAACGUAAGUAAAGAAAAAGUGACAUUCAAAGGAAUGGUUAGAGAAGGUUACAGAAUUUGUAGUGAGCUUAAAACCAAUCAACCAUCAAAUAAAUGGUUUACAAGAUUUUUAAAACGACAUCGUUUAUCAUUACAAAAACCUGUUCGAAAGCAAAAGAUUUCUCUUUCAGAGGCUCAUAUUUCUAUUAACAAAUUUCAUUCUUAUCUACGAAAAUGUAGUCAAUGGGGUCCAAAAAGAGGUCCCAUGGGUUGCUUUGUAGAAUCUGAUAUCUGUAAUAUGGAUGAAUCACCAUUAAGUCUCUGGGGAGAUCAAUCGAGACGUUCUAUAAAUGACAUCAACACAAGAAAUGAAAUCGAAGGAUGUUUUGAAAAUAAGCGUUUUGCUACUAUUAUGUUAUGUGUAUUUCCAGAAAGAAAUCAUCGAGUAGAACCUGUGCUAUUGUUUCGAGGUACAGGAAAAGUUUCUUCUUCAGAAGAAAAACAUUAUUCACCUAAUGUAAAAGUUUUUUUUACUCCAAAAGCAUUCAUUAAUAUGCCAACUUUGGAAAAAUACAUUACUUGGUGGUUGAAAAAAGUAAAAGAUGGUAAUCGUAAAUUGUUUAUUACAGACAGUUGUACUAGCCAUUUGAAUGAAAAUUUGAAAAAAAGAAUGAGAGAUGAAGGAAUAAGUAUGGCAAUUAUUCCAACUGGAUGUACCCAGUAUAUUCAAUUACUGGAUGUACAUGUAUUUGCUACAUUUAAAAAUCAUUACUACGACUGUGCUGAAGAAUAUUUGGAAUUGAAUGGUCCUCGUUCAAAACUAAAAUUAUCUGCUUCCAAAAAGCGUAUUUUAUGCACACGACUCACAGCUUCAGCUUGGGCUCGUACAUUGAAAUCGACCAACUUUCCAGAAGCGUUUCGAUCUCUUGGCUAUACUUGGGUCGAUGAUUCUCUGAUUAAACCAAAUCAUAUACCAUGGUAUACAUUUGAUCCAGAUUGCAUCGAAUUAAAUGAAGAUGAAGUAUUUCGUAAUGAUGAAAAUGUACCAGUUGAAGCUAUCUACUGCUUUCCCACCGAAGAACAAGCAGCUGUAUAUGCAUUUGUAGCUCGUAUUAACGAUCGAGAGAUUGUUGCUCAACUAAAAGAAGAAACAGAAGCACAGCAUGAUUACGUUGCAGCAUUACAACAAGGCCAUGGUGCUUAUUUGUUGGAGCAAGAUGAAAAGUCACAAGGCAAUUUCGUCAUCAAUGUUGGCGCAUUACCUCCUACAACUGAAUGUACUCUCACGAUUGCCUACGUCACAGAAUUAGAUCUUUUCAAUGCAUCGAUUAUUCGAUUUGUUAUUCCAACAACAGUUGCACCACAUUAUGACUUCAAUCAGGGCGGACUCAUGUCACCAGCGAGCACUACUUCCCAACAUAGUCCAAGAUAUGGUUAUAGUCCUUCACCAUAUCACCCUGUAAACUUCUCACGUCCAAGACCACCAUCAUAUUCUCUCGCACCUUGGGAUAUAACGCAAUGGAUUGAUCCUAUUGAAGCUCGAAAGCGACAUUGA